AUGGUUCCCUCACAAAAAUUGAUCGCCGUGGUAGGCGGAACAGGCCAACUGGGAUCAUCAGUGGCUAUAUCGUUGCAUGAUAACCCUGAAUUUCAAGUCCGAGUACUAUCUCGUGACCCUACCUCUGCCAAGGCACAGCGUCUUGUCAAGCUCGGCAUCCAAGUCGUUAAAGCUGACAACUGGAGUGACACGGACCUUCAAAGUGCUUUCCGAGGUUGCUGGGGUAUCUUUAUCAAUUUGAAUUCGGACCUACCAAACUUCAAGCGGAAGAUUGGUCCUUCUGAGUUUGAGAAUGGCAAGAUUGUCGUUGAUGCCGCUGUGAAGGCUGGCGUCAAACAUGUCGUUCAUGCAUCUCUACCGCCUGCAUCCAAGUUAACCAACGGCAAAAUUCCGGUCUACUCUUUCGACGACAAGAGGGCAAUAUCAGAUUAUGCUCUCGCCCAGGAUGAGUUUCAAACAGUAACACUAGUCAACGCUGGAUGGUUUCUCGAAAACGCAUUUGACCCAGCCUACGAGACAGUAUUUGGUGGACUUGCCACAAAGGUAGAUGAAGAAGGGUUCUAUACAUGGAAGUGUCCUUCAAUGGGAAACGAUCCAGAACUUGUUCCUUGGCUUUCAGUGACGGAUGACUACGGAGACUUCGUCCACGGCGUGUUUCUAGAUCCUCAGAGGUGGAACAAAAAGGUGAUCCAUGCCGUCUCAGAGUCAUUGAGCUUCGCCGGCAUGGCGGCAUCUUUUCAGAAAGGCAGGUUUCCCACAAACUUCACAUGCAGAUCCACGCGCUAA